AUGUCGAAACCUCGACGUACAAAAGACAAGACAACUUCGCGAAUAGAAAGUCCAGAAAUCGUAUCGGCGUACGAGAGCGUCCUAGCAAAAUUCGAGAGCAUCAACACAGGCGAUCGUCAACUCGAAGAUGCUGCAAAUGCCCUGUUGGUCCCAGCGGCAUCCGCAGCGAGGAUCAUCCAACGACCCGACCUUGCGAGUAUACCAAAAGAUAGUCAGAGAAGCAGAGAGCUCCUUGGGUUGCAAGAACUGGUGAUGGGACUAGUGACACCGGAUUACUCGUUCAACAUGCAAGAGAUGGGUGUCUUCGGGACGAAGCUUACCGGCACCCAGGCCCUGAUCAACCAGUGGGAGACAGACCUGACGGCCAGCAAGCUCACCAAAGAGAUGCCACGUCUAUUAGUCAAUGCCAGUACCCAAUCUGACAGCAAGCCAACGGGCAGAAAUACACACCAGCUUGACACCCAGACGUCGGGUCCGGGCCAAGAGACUAUCGUUGUUGGGCACACUGGGGCGAGGAAACGACGCAAGCUUGUUGACCAAGGAGCAUCUCAAGGCAGCCUUGGAAUGGAGUGUUCACCCAACGACCGGAGCGAGGUCGAGCCAACAGCGACAGCAGACCCUUUCCUGCGCGCUUCCCACAUUUUCAGCUUCCAGUCUUUGGACACCGUUGGUGAACUCGUCACUCCUUUCGGCUUUGCCUCUCCGCCCCAACCCGAGUCCACCCCAGGUUUCCGUAGGCCUGCGACCCCGCAUCGUCCCAAUCCUUGGGCACCCGUCGCUGAAAUUUCCUCAACCCUACCAUAUGAGUGGUCUACCCCUUCAAGAAGACCGAUAGUACCACGAUUGUUACCGAGAUCCGAUGCAGGCGCACUGAAGAAGGCUCCGCUUGUAUUCCUCAGUACGACCCCCGCACCAGUAGCACCAUCAAUGGCGCCAAUAGGUGCCAUCGAAGCCCUGAGAGAGUCUACGGCCGUCCCAGAACGUACUGUCGUUGCGCCAAGGCAGAGUUCUACCGCGCCAGAGGUAUCGAGAACACCAUCAAGCAAGAAGCCAACACCAAAAGCAAUCCCGACCGCGUUUUUGAGGACGCCAUCCCCACCAGGCAAGGCUGUAAUUCCGUCAGGAUCAGCUUUGUUGUCGCCAACAAAGGCUGCAAUGCUGACAACAAAACUUCCAAGACUGUCAGCAAACCUCUCGACGCCGCAAGCAGAUCCUCCAGCGCCGCAAGGAGAUCUUCCAACGCAGCAAGCCAGACCUCCAACGCCGCAAGCAGAUCAUCCAACACAGCAAGCAGAUCCUCCAACACAGCAAGCAGAUCUUCCAACGCUCCGAGCAAAGCCUUCAGCGCCGCAAACGGGUACCCCAACAGAACAAGUGAAACCCCCAACGCUGCAAGUGGAAGGUUGUCGAUCAUCAGCGCAGUAUGGACUUAACGAGUGGUCUGUCCGCGACGGAAGUCCGUUCCCAAAGAAUUUCAUUGCGUCAGAUCCAAGCGACAAUGAAGGCGGAGGCUUUGAGCCACACGAGAACCCAUUCUCCGAUGACGGGAUCCUACCAAGGGAAGACACGCCGCCAGUACCCGAGGAGCGUGAGAGUGCCAUCCAAGAGUCGCAUAGUCAAAGCGAAGCAGCUUCUGUUACACCAGCACCGCCACGGAAACAACCAAUAGCUGCAAUCAAACGACAUGAGCGGCGACCCCAGGCGUCUAGUAACACCAAGAAGACGCGCGACAGAGAAGUUCCUGUCAAGAAGGCGGGAAAGAAGAGGAAGCGAGGUCCAGUUCCGAAAGAGAAGAAGAUAACACAACUAGACAAAUUUCUAUAUGUUGCUAAGCACGCGCACGAUACCCAAGGAGAGCUGAAACCACUUCGGGAUGGACCACGGGAGCUCGUGAUGUCCCUGAACACCGCACUUGACACGGUGUUCAACUACAACACCGCUUAUUUCAACAAGGCCUGCACGAUAACAGAUCCGAGCAACCACAGAACCUAUGUUGAAAGCGAGAGGUGCGUAGCCCAUCAUUUGAUAAGCCACGGGAAAAGCGGAAAGACGAAGGCAACUUCUGAAGAGAAGGAAGUACACGCCUGCAACUCUUGCUCCAGCGCACGACGCCCCUGCGUGAAGCUGGAGUGGCGUGACACAGACCCGUACAGCGAUGCCAUAUUAGUCUUUUAUCCGCGUUCCGAUGACGACCGACCGGAAGGCGCAACGUGGGAUGGCGAGAGCUUCUGGCUAUAG